AUGGACAACGAGAAGUCUCGCCCCGUGGAGGCGCCGGCGACCUAUCGCUCCGAGCCGUACAAGCACGAGCAGCUGAUGCAGCACAUCGAGGAUUCGUCGGGUCGAUCUACGGUCUCCGAGCACGCCGGUGAGGGCAGCUACUCUAAUACCCACAAUGGCGAGGAACUCGUAAAGCCGUCGAGGAUGUUCACUCCCGAGGAAGAGGCCAAGAUCUGGCGAAAGGUGAGCUGCUCGAGACUUUACUCCGCAUUGCAAUACGUGCAAAAGCUCACACUGCUGCAUGGCGAUUGCUCACCGCAGGUCGAUCUGCGCUUGUUGCCGUACCUCGCCUUGGUGAGUUGGGUUGAUCUGGAAGACGGGAAGAGCUCGUGAGGGUUUGCGCACGUGCUAACGAGGGGCAAUCAAUUUCCACAGCUUUACCUACUCUCGUUCAUGGAUCGUGGAAAUAUUGGAAAUGCUCGUCUUGCCGGGCUCGAAACUGAUCUCAAGAUGACGGGUGGGUCGAUUACGUCUUUGCCAAUCCAGCGUCGUGUCGGCCAGUCGGGCUAAUAUGUCAUUCCGGCAUCCCAUUCGCAGGAAACGACUAUUCCGUUGCACUUUCAGCCUUUUUCAUCAGUUACUGUCUGUUUGAGGUUCCUUCGAACUUGAUGCUCAAGAAGCUGCGACCGUCGAUCUGGCUCAGUUCGAUCACCAUUGUCUGGGGCAUCGUCAUGACUUUGAGUAAGUCGCCCGAUAAGGAGGAGAUUUUCUUUAAUGUGAGACCUGAUCAGGUACUGACAAGAGGCUGGUAUUAAAUCUGCAGUGGGAGUUGUACACAACUUCGCCGGCCUCGUCGCGACUCGCGUGGCUUUGGGUAUCGCCGAAGCUGGCUUGUUUCCAGGGUACGUCGGCUUUGCUGCUUCGGCUCGCGUGCCUCCAUGCUGAAUCGGUGGCCUGCAUUACAGAGUCAUUCUCUACCUCACCCUUUGGUAUCCACGUCACAUGUGCCAGCAACGCAUCGCAUUCUUCUUUUCGGCGGCCACUUUGGCGUGAGUUCUGGUGUCAAGUGGCGAUUCGGGAAUAUACUCGCUAGAAAGCUGACCAGCAACACCUGCCAAUCUUUCAGUGGCGCUUUCUCCGGACUCUUGGCAUACGGAAUCCAGUUUAUGAGUGGAGUUGGCGGCCGUAACGGAUGGAGCUGGAUCUUUAUCCGUAAGUCAUUAGCAGCGUCAAAUCCGCUGCCACGCUCACUGACCCAUGCACUACUGCUCCUCCUUUAACGCCGCUCAGUCGAAGGGCUCCUGACUACCCUGGCCGGUGUCGGUGCGUUCUGGGCUAUCGUCGACUCGCCGCGAUCCUCGCAUUUCUUGACCAAGGAGGAGCAGGACUUCAUCAUCUGGCGCAAGACGACGGAUUCGGGCGCUUCGGGCGAGGCGACCAAUGUCAGUUGGAUCUACAUCCGCCAGGCUCUGACGUCGUGGCAAUGCUGGCUCGCUCUCGGCUACUACUUUGGCAUUGUCGUUCCUCUGUGAGUUGGGCACCGGCAUCGAGUCUUGGCCAGUGAAACUGGUCCAGCGACUGACCGAACAUUUUGUUAUUCGUUGCAGUUACUCGAUUGGUCUCUUCAUGCCCACGCUCAUUCAAGCAUUCGGCAAGUACACCCGACCUCAAGUUCAGCUUUUGACAAUCCCCGUCUACGUCUUUGCUUGCAUCUACGUCCUCAUCACUGCCAUCUACGCCGAUCGCAUGAAGACUCGUUUCCCAUUCGUCAUGGCCGCCUUGGGUCUCUCUGCACUUGGCAUCAUCAUCAACCUCACCCCUGCACCGAGUGGUGUCAAGUACUUUGGUCUCUUCUUGACGGCUGCCGGCUCCUACGGUGGCUUGCCCGCUGUCGUGACGUGGCUCUCCAACAACUUGUCCGGUCAGACCAAGCGAGGUGUCGGAAGUGCAUUCCAGGUGAGCCGUCUCUCACUCUUAGUCGGCUCAGAGUGUGGUCCAGAAACUGAUUUGACUUCACCCUGCUCAUACCACUAGAUCGGAAUUGGCAACUUGGGUGCGCUCGUCUCGUCCAACGUCUACCGCAAACAGCCCCGCUAUUUCCUCGGUCGUGAGUUGACCGCGAAGCAUAAAUAGAUCGCCCUUGGACGAAUUCACUGACCUGGUUGCCCUGCUCUGAUUGAGCUUUGUAGACGGCGCCGUUUUGGGCUGCAUUGUGGUCGGCUUGUUCUGCGCGCCCCUUUACGCCUUUCUACUCAAGCGCGAGAACGAGAAGAAAGAGCGCGAGAUCGAGUAUCAGAACUCGUUGCCCGAUCACGAGAAGCGUGUCUACUCUCUUCAGGAGCUACGUGACUUGGGUGACAAACAUCCUUCGUUCGUGUACACAAUCUAG